AUCAAAAGUCCCUCUGGCAAAGCCGGGCUGGAAAUCCCCCGCUCCGGCCCAGCCCGGGGGGGCCGCGGCUUCCGGGAACCGCGCUGGAGCCUCCCCUGAACUCAAAGCAGCGCCCGGCGGCUCAUUCAGCGCCUGCCUCCCCACCGGACGGUGCUGCCCAGGGAGCGGUCCGGCCCCGGAGGGGUCCCAGCAGCGCCAUGGCGCAGCCUGUCCGGCUCCCGCUGCCGCUGCCGCUGCAGCUCCCGCUCCUGGCCUGGUGCGCGCUGGCAGCUCUGGCAGGGGCUGUGCAGGGCUCGUUUGAGGUGAGCGUUUCACCGGAAGCUGCCAUGGUGGAGCACGGAGGGUCCGUCUGGAUAAACUGCAGCACCACGUGCCAGGAUCCUGGAGCCAGGGGUGGCCUGGAGACCUCGCUCACCAAAGCCAAUAGUAAAAGUGGACCCAGGUGGGCAGCCUUUCACCUCGUCAGUAUCACGGAGUGGGUGUCGGCCCCUCAGUGCUAUUUCAUCUGCAGUAAUGAUAUGAAGGUGGCGGCUGCAAACAUCUCCUCUUAUUGGGUGCCGGAGCGGGUGGUGCUGGAGCCACUCCCCAAGAUGGAGCUGGGACGGGCCUAUAAUCUGACGUGCUGGGUUCUGAACGUGGCUCCCGUCACGCACCUCACCGUGACCCUCCGCCAGGGGGGACGGACCCUGCACACGGAGACCUUCCAGAACCAUACUGGGAUCGGACCCAACGACAUCCCAGUGACCCAUGAGAUCACCCCUCGGCGCUGGGACCACGGGCAGGCGAUCACCUGCCAUGCAGCCCUAGACCUGACGCCGCACGGGCCCCACUUCGAAAAGAGCUCCUCUACGGUGGAACUCAAGGUUUAUGAUCUCCCAGAGGAGCCCCAGCUCCUAACCUCCCUCUAUAUCGAGGUGGGCACCACGGCGACCGCCCGCUGUCGGGUGGCCGGGAUCUUCCCCACUGCAGGAGAGGCCCGGUUCACCCUGUCCUUUGGGGGAGAGAGUCUGAACUUCACCGUCACCACGUCGGGCGACACGGCCACCGCCCAGGGCGAGGUUUGGUCCCCGUUCCCGGGACAGCGCGAGCUGAACUGCACUGUGACCAUGGGGCCCGUGUCCAGAUCCGCAGGGCGGAGCGUUCUCGUUUACAGUUUCCCUCAGCCCGUCCUGGAGAUCGACCAGCCACAGGCCCUUGUGAACAGGAACGUGAGCGUCACGUGCAGUGCCCCUGCCUCCCAGCCCCCCGGCACUACCCUACAGCUCAGAGACUCCGAGCGAACCCUGGCAUCCGGGCCCCAACCCCGCCUGCAGCUCACGCUGACCACCCACAAGGGAGACAACAGGAGACAAUUCACGUGUGAAGGGAACCUCUCUCUGGGCAGCCAUUCCCUCGUAAAGAACAUGUCCGCACAGCUCAUUGUCCUCUACCAGCCUACGCUGGACGAGUCUGGCUGCCCAAGUCACCGGACGUGGCUCGAGGGGACCCUGCAGCAGCUGGCCUGUGAAGCUGACGGAAACCCGACGCCGGAGGUCUCCUGCAGCAAGGACAGCCAGGUGUACAGCACCAGCGGCGUGCAGAACGUCACGAGAGGCCACGCAGGCAUCUAUCGCUGCAGCGCUGCCAAUGCGCACGGGACGGCCGGCAGGAACGUGACCAUCCACGUCGAAUACAAGCCCACCAUGGACGAGUCCAGCUGCCCCAGUACCCAGGCGUGGCUGGAGGGGACCCUGCACACCCUGGCCUGUGAGGCGGAUGGGAUCCCCGUCCCCCGCGUCCCGUGCACCAAGGAGGGAGCAGCUGACGAGUUUGGCGGCAAGCGGAACGUGAGCAGAAAUGACUCCGGCACCUACCACUGCACAGCCACGAACCGCCUCGGGUCAAUGAGCAGGAGGGUCACCGUGCAGGUGGAAUACAGGCCCAUCGUCCUGCUCCUGGCCGUCAGCCCUUCUGACACAGUCCCACGUGGCACCAACUUCAACAUCAGCUGCCGUGCCGAGGGCUCCCCGGCGCCCGCCUACCGCUGGACGGUGCCCCCGGCCCCCAAUGUCCACUGCUCGGCCGAUAACAGCACCGUGAGCGUGGCCAGCGCUGACCGGCACAACCGCGGCAUUUACGUCUGCAGAGUCUCCAAUGCCCACGGGCAGCACCUGGGCCAGGUCCGAAUCCAGGUGACAGAUCACAGACUCAUCAUCGCCGCCCUGAUCGCGGGGUCGGCCGUGCUGCUGCUGGGUGGGACAGCCGGGCUCGUCUAUUACCUCAAAUCCACCGCCUGCAAGAAAGGCGAGUACAACGUGCAGGACGCCGAGAGCUCCUCCAAAGCCACCUGCCUCGGCCACGACAGUGCCGUCUACGGGAUACAGCUCACCCAGACGUGAGCCGGCCAGAGCCACCCAUGCAAGGGCUGCUGGAGGGAACCCGGCAGUGCGUCCCUGCGGCCGGGGGGCUGGCUGGUUUGGUUGGUUGUUCGUUGUUGCAUCCGUCCUCCGGUCACUUUGGAAGCUCCUGCCAAGCUGUGUUCUCUGUCCAAACCCGGCCUGUCUCCGUCCAAGCACCUCCGCGUGCAGCUUCUGUCCCUGGAUCUUUCUGGCUUCGGAUCUGCUCCUCCCUUUUUCCCUUCCAGAGCCCUGCCCCGUGGCCUUGGUGGAACUUCCAGUACCUUGCCUUAAAUAUGGGAAAUGGGUCAUGAGCUGGCCCCGACCAGGCCAUGAUUGUACUGGAGCGUGCAGGGUGCAGGGUGCCUAACCCAGUGCCUGGGUGGACUGGCACGGGCAGGGGACAAUGGGUACGUGACCCGCUGGGAUCUGAACAUCUAGGUCCCAGAUUCCAACCCAAGGGGAGGCAGGAGCCACCAAGCACAGUCAGGGGCCUGCAGGGAAAUGAGUGUGCUGGGUCUCUGUCCCUGUGCUGGCAGGAAUGGGCCAGUCUGUCCUCAGAUAUACGAACAUACGAACAGCCAGACUGGGUCAGACCAAAUGUCCCUCUAGCCCAGGAUCCUGUCUGCCAACAUGGCCAAUGCCAGGUGCCCCAGAGGGAAUGAACAGAACAGGGAAUCAGCAAGUGACCCAUCCCCUGUCGCCCAUUCCCAGCUUCUGGCAAACAGAGGCUUGGGACACCAUCCCUGCCUAGCCUGGCUAAUAGCCAUUGAUGGACCUGUCCUCCAGGAUCUUAUCGAGUUCUUUUUUGAACAGACGGAACAGCUGGGGGCCAGCAUGAGUCAUGUGGCCUGCUAGAAACUGCGCUGAGACCCAGCAAACUUGUUUCAUCACAGGCCACUAAGUUUAUGGUCUGAGCGCCCCGUGCCCCCUGUCAGUCAGCGUUUGGGUGCAGCUCACCCAGGCUGCUCCUGCUUCGCGGUAACAGCCACGGCCUGUUAAACUUCCCCUCCUGCCUCAAAGACAGCCAGGGACCCACCCCACACACGUCUGCCCCCAGCUCGCAGUGGGCAGUGAACUCUAGUGUUUCUGGGCCCACAGAUGGUGCAAAUCAGCAUCACUCCACUGGCCAAGCUCUGACUCUAGCAUGAGUCGCAUUUGCUGUGUGGUGCUGUCGCUCGCUCCAAUGUCCGGGGCCCGGCGAGCUGUUCUUUAGCGACAAUGUAACACCACAGCGUGUUUGUGUGAGUGUUGUGGGGCAGAAUUAAACAACAGCCCCCCCACUUCCCAGGGCAGAGUGCCAUAGGAAACUGCAAACACCAGAAAAAAAGCCUCCAUCUGCUGGCUUUGCGCAAUUUGUACCAGACUGGCCGCUGUGGCUGUCUCUCUCCAGGCAGACUUAAUUACCAGCACAGGCUUUGUUCUCUAGCAACUGACAAAUUUAGCACAUCGGUGACAGCCUCACGGCUGAGCUGCAGAGAAAACCAGCUCCUUCUUGGCACGUGCCUGGCAAGCCAUACGCGAAGCAGGUGGGAAAAGCAGCUUGCAGGGUAGCGUGCUGUAGGCUGCCAGCCUCGGGGCUCUGCACGCUCAGCGAAGAUGUGGGAUAGCCAGUCGGCACGGUGCUGGGACCUGCCGAGCAAGGGCCAGACGCGCUGCUGACACCAGCGAAUGGGUUUGGUGGGAUCCCCGGUCAUGGCCCAAGGCCCGAUUGUGCAAGGCACUGUACAUUAUGUAUUAAGAUCCCACCGCUCCUGGGCCAGAACGCCCUGCCCUAAGCUCUGUACAGACACGGAUCUGCCGCGUUACAUCACGGAGCCAGGCUGCAUUACACCAGUGGACGAUCUGGCCCGUAGACGUAACCAGCCUCUCAAACGCCUGUGAUUGUCUUUAACGGUCAAGGCAGGUUUUAUAGAGACACCCGGGGCUUGAUUUUCAUCCUGUUACGUGAGCGGAAUGUUUGUUUCUUUCGUUUAGUUUUCGGACUGGGCAGAGCAGCUCAGAGGGGGGGGUCCAUCCAGCCUGUCCCGGUUCAUCCCACCCAGGGCGUGGGAGUCCCAGGAGGGGCCAGUGAUGGACUAUUCUGCUACCAGGGGAUUCUCUCCCUGCCUGCCCUGGGGUCGAUGCUGGCUCCUGCUUUGGAAGUGGAAGAUUUGGGGACAGGUUCAACCCAAGCAGCUCUGCUGAGGACAUUCCCGCUGGAGCAGUGGGGCUCCUGGGCUAAGGAUCCUACCAGCGUGGUGCUGCCGUGAGCUGGCGCUAACCCACCGCCUUCGCCAGGAGCUGCGUCCAGGCAGAUUUCCAGCAGCAGCAGGUGGUCGGAGACGCAGCAGCAGAGCUGGCUCUGGUUGAAACCCACUUUGCGCUGGCAGCAGUGGGGGAAGGAGCAUGCAGCUAGCUUGAAGCCCCCUUUGCACUCCGCAUUUUCCACCCACCCCUGGGUGCAAGUGACGCUCUGCGUCCCACGCCCACCUGGCACGCUGAGAAUCUCCGUGGAGCCCUUGUGGCUAUGGCCAGACGCUCCAUCUGUCCCCGGGAUCGAGCCCUUAGGCCAUCUCUGCACCGGCCGGCCCCCUGCCCCACAGGGGAUUUCUAAAGGGCUGCUUCCACCCACCAUGAGGCCCCUUUCUGCGGUGACCUGAGCAUCCCAGAGAAUCAGGCUGAGAGUCAUCUGAGCUCCCCCCCCGUCCCCCAGUGGCACAUUGUAGAGGGUUUACACAGGCUUAAAAAUCCCAGUUCAGCAGCAAGCUGCACCUGGGAUGUAACUAACGAAGGGGUUCGUUUGGGGCGGGUUUCACUAAUGAAUAUGGGUCCUGCUCUGCCAGCUUUUCAAGGGGCACAGUGCACUGGGGAAGAGCUGGGGCUUUGCACAGCCGGCUCCGCUGGGUUCGAGGGCUGUUUGCCAGCCGUUUCUAACUGCUCGUGUAUGUUCUGGCUCGCUCCCCCGCAGCACGGGCCUGCGUCAUUGCAAGCUGCACUAGAAUUAAUGUUCCGUAAGGGCGGGCGGGGGCCCACAGUGCACGACGUAAUGAACGGGUCCCUUCCCACACAUAACCCCGGAGCUCUGGGCAGUGCUGGCCUCGCAGCUUAGGAAUGGUUUUAAAACAUGCUUCCCCGAGGAAUAAGAAAGGACAAGUCGGUAAAGUUGGGUUAAAGAAAAGGGCAAAAAAAGCUGUGAAAAUAGUUCCCCAGUGCCACCCCCACACCCCCUGCAGGGCCGGCGCACUCCCAGGGCUGCAGCAAUGACUCAUUCUGCACGCCUACAACGUGCAGCAAACGCCACAAUGAAAGCACCUUCUCCCCCUCCCCGGGGGCUGGUUUACCUGGGGGGUAGCUGGGCUUUGCGACAAUGUAGCUAGCGCUAGCCACGGGAGCAGGGAUUUAGUCUGUUAUAGAGGGUUGCAGCGUGUUUCGUUGUAUUUACUAAAUUGUCCCAUAAACUACAGGCAAACGUGCUCAGUGGGCGUCAUACCAGUCGUGUGAGAGUGACCGUGAGCGCCAGUGUUGCUGGUUGUGCGGUUGGAUGCGGCCUAGCCCUGGUCUUCGCUAGGCUCCUAUGCAUGUGAGGGUGGGUUUGGUGCCAGCGUUAAGAAGUCGCAUUGGGGUGAGUUUCUGUGCCAGUUCUCUAACAGAUUGAACCUUCGCCUCUUUCCCCUGGCCUGGCCGGCAGCGUUUCACUGCCGAGAGCACGGGCAGGAGGUCGGCCUGCCUCUCCAGAAUCGGCAGCUGGGGAACGGGUGAAAGGGUGGAGCAUGAGCCUUUCCCGAGCGCCUGAGGCUGCCUCUCACAGCGAGGACUGGAGCUGCACAGCAGCUGCCGGAAACCCAGCAUGUAGCCGCAGCCUAUGCCAGCGAGAGGGGUUCGGCCCCUGGCACAAGAACAUCACGUCCCCAAGCACAGGGAGCUCAGCCCCCAGAAGCCUUCGUCCCCUCCAGAGUUCUGUCUACACCAGGGGUAGGCAACCUAUGGUACGUGUGCCAAAGGCGGCACGCAAGCUAAUCUUCAGUGGCACUCACACUGCCUGGGUCCUGGCCACCGCUCCAGGGGGCUCUGCAUUUUAAUUUAAUUUUAAAUGAAGCUUCUUAAACAUUUUAAAAACCUUAUUUACUUUACAUACAAGAGUUUAGUUCUAUAUUAUAGACAUAGAGAGAGACCUUCUAAAAACGUUAAGAUGCAUGACUGGCCCGGGAAACCUUAAAUCAGAGUGAAUAAAUGAAGACUCGGCACAGCACGUCUGGAAGGUUGCCGAGCCCGGUCUACACCGAGGGGCAGGUUGGCAGAUUUACAUGGCUCUGGGGGCAAGCUCCAGCUGCAGCAUUGUGCCAUAGCAGGGACAUUUCCUGCCUCCCUGGAGAGGGGGUUUCCACCGCUGUGGUUACUCCACCUCGCUGAGGGGCUGGAGCUGGGGCGAGGGAACAGUUCUUCCAUCACCCCAGCUGCAGUUACAACCGAGGAGGGGGAGGUCGGUCACACAACACAACAUUUUUCACAGCCCUGGGCCGUGCACCGAGGGCGAGGUCAGCGCCUGAGGGCUGUGGCGAUUUAACCGGACCCGUCUCGUUACAGCAGCACACGCCGCCCCUCCUGUGGAUGCGGUUACACCAGCGUAAAGGGGUUUAUCUCAGGGCAGCUCUGCCGAGCUCGGGUUCUAGGCUCGACUCGUAGAACA